GCUUUGAUAAUAUUCUGGGUAGAAAAACUAUACAGACGAUAAAAAUGUUGACUACCGAAAUAAAGUCGAUCUUCUGCCAUCCAAUCAUGGUGGACCGUAUCGCUUCCAUGCUUAAUUAUUUAUUACUGCAACUGGUAGGACCGAAUAAAAAAAAUCUCAAGGUAAACGAUCAAAAGGAAUAUGCGUUCAAUCCUGCAAAUUUGGUGUUAAAUAUAUGCGAGAUCUAUAUUAAUCUGAGUAAAAGUGAAAGCUUUACACUCGCCGUGUCUCAAGACGGACGAUCUUAUAGUCCAGAACUGUUUAAACUGGCGGACAAUGUGCUCGUUCGUAUCGGUGGUGUGGGAAUCUUGGGCGAUCUGGAUCAAUUUGCCAAGAGCGUGGAAGAAGCUGCAAAUCAAAAGCGAGAGGAAGAUGAGAUUUUAACAGAUGUUCCCGACGAAUUUCUAGAUCCAAUUAUGUCGACUGUUAUGACGGAUCCUGUUGUUUUGCCAUCGUCACAAAUAACUAUCGAUCGUCAGACUAUAGCAAGGCAUUUGCUAAGCGACCAAACUGAUCCUUUUAAUCGAUCUCCACUCACUAUGGAUAUGGUGAAACCGAAUGUUGAACUUCAACGGAAGAUACAAGAUUGGCUCUCACAGAAAAAACUGAUUGUCGUUAAUUACAAAUAAAUGGUACACCACGAUGGAGCAAUGUUGAAAUUUACAUACGUAAUUUCUAAGACAAAAAUUGUACGUCAUCAAAAAUGCACAACGACAACCCUACGAUUGCUAAAGUUCGGAUUCGUGGCGAUCAUCAUUUAGAAUCCAUGAAACGAAAAAUGCGUGUUUUAUCGCAUUUUAUCGCGUUGUUUCAUCGAGAUUUUACCGCUCGCUGACGUUCGAUUCGCCUACAACGGCAAAUAAAAGAAAAAAGCAAUUUUGUAUACAUACUGUGCAAUGUAAUUAUGUACAGGGUUAUAAACAAGCAUAGAAUAUACAGUUAUACAUCGUAAUAGUUAUUGAUUAAUAAAAUGUUAUAUACAUAGGUGGCAUAUGAUUUUAGGAAUCACUGCAUCAAAAAGGUAAUUGUAUAUUUCAUGUACCGUGUAGAAUAAAGUGUGUUAUUUAUGAA